AUGGCAGCAUUACAAAGCGGACUUACCCCAGCGGUGCUUAAAAAGUAUAAGUUUGUAUUUCUAGGAGAUAUAGCAGUAGGGAAGACUUCAAUUAUUAAUCAAUUUAUGUAUGGAACGUUUGACCAAACCCAUCAAGCCACAAUAGGAAUUGAUUUUCUAUCAAAAACCAUGUACCUGGACGACCGAACCAUCCGUCUACAACUCUGAGACACAGCUGGCCAAGAACGGUUCCGGUCCUUGAUACCAAAUUACAUUAGGGACUGCUCAGUCGCCAUCAUUGUUUUCGAUAUCUCCCAGCGCUCAAGCUUUAACAGUCUUGAAAAAUGGGUCCAAGAUGUAAGAAACGAAAGAGGCGGAGACGUCGUGAUUAUGGUUGCAGGCAAUAAAAUUGACUUGGUUGAAAAAAGGACUGUUUCUCCUGAAGACUGUGAAGCCAAAGCAAGAGAAUUAAACGUUCAAUACAUGGAAGUCAGCGCUAAAACAGGUGCAAAUAUAAAACAGCUGUUUAAAGCCCUUGCGCAAGAACUUCCUUUGGCCCAAGAAACGUCGCUUGCAAAUCCUCCUGAAUCAAGCACUGGAAGAGUCAAGCUUUCUGAACAGCCGCAGCCUCAACAGAAAACAAAGGAAGGGAAGUGUUGCUAG